AUGAUUUGCGGACUUCCGAUCGCUGACAACUUUCUUUUCGACAGCCAAAAGUGCAUCGCACAAUAUGUCGCGCUCCCACCUCUGGCCCUCAGCUCACCACUCCCGGCCCUCUGCGCCUCGAUAUUCUCCCCUCUCCUCCUCUCCUACUACCCGCCAGCGCGAGGCAUCGUCCUCUCAUACUUGAACGUGCAACUCAGCGAAGAACCACUGAAGCCGCGAUCCUCGAAAUCCUCUAAGCAUUCCGCCUCCACAAGCGCCUCAUCCACAGCGCCACUGCUCAUGCGCAUGGUCGACGAAUGCAGCAGCCCGUUCACCUGGGCGACCGCCGGCCUGCUGAUCUGGCGCCCGGCUAAGAACGCCUGGAUCGAAGGCCGCAUCACGUACUAG